CGUAUUGAAUGCACGUCGUUGACGUUAUAGAAAAAAUGUUUGUUUAGGGACUUGAAUAGUAAAAAUGUUAUAGUUAGGGUGGAAGCGAGUAAUUGGCCACUAACUCUACCUUUUAUUUUCAUUUUUCAAGAACCCUUCCCUGCAGCUCGCCGUCGUUUCUCCUGUCCACCCUGAUCUCUCCGGCAGCGUGUCAUUGUUACUCGACUCGCAAGGUCGUCUCUUCUCUGCAUUUCUCCGCUUUUGCUUCCUUUUCCCUUCCUUUCUCUGGUUUCUCCUCUAUGUUUCUCUAUCUCACAGCCCUUCUCUUCUUCAACAGGAGCUUUCUGUACUCGACUAUUGGUCAAGGCCCAGCUCGGAAAAUAACAAGGCUCGAUCUUUCCCCCCCUCAAAAUCUCCAGGUGAUUCUUUUUCUCGGAUUAUCAGGUUGGUGGUGGUUUCUAUCUGGUUUUAAUCCCACUGUGGACCAAUUUUUAGCUUUUUGUCAGUGAUUCCCAUGGCUGACAGUAGUCUCAGUGAUUCAUAGUGUGAUAAGUAGUGAUUGUGGAGUUGUGGUUGAAAGCAAGGGCAUUAGAAUUUCGACGAAUGUGUGGGUUCAAGAAAGUAGAAGCAAACUACUGGGAAUACAGAGCAUUUGAGAUUUGCUUUGCUGGGGUUCUAAACUUUGUGCUCAGCAUUUGUGCCUGUUGGAAUUCAGAUCACUUCUACAAUUGAAAUUCCUGAACUGCAGACCUGUUAGUAUGAUCAUUGAUCAGCAAGUUCCUCUCGACUUGAUCGAAAACAGAAAUCGGAAUUUGUCUAAGCUCGUACCAAGUACUAAGUAUAUUGUUUGCUGGCUUUAGUUGGGCAAUUAGGAAACACCUAGGUGAGCCAUAGGGAUGCGCUCAUGCACAGGCAGGAUAAGUUAUGUAUGCAAAGCCCUAUAAGAAGUGGGCUUUAUGUUCGACGACAAAUGAACGCAUAAUAUGAUCAACAUAUUGGAACUGCAUCUUGGAAUCUUGGGUACUGACUUUAAAAAGCAGUGAUCAAUGGAUCCGGACACGAAGUGAUAUUGAAUGAUUUUAUAUGCUUAAAUGUCUCGAAAGUACUUGAUUUAUGUGCACCAGUGGUAACCAUAGAAGUGUUGGCAUUUGGAAAUAUUGACGACUGAAGAUUGAUCCUAAAAGGUCUAUGGUCCUGUACCAGUUGAACAAUUUCUAUUUAGUUGAUGGUUGCAGAAGGUCAAGGUCAACCAUUAGAAGUUAGAACGACCAGAUUUACAUUUUCAAGUUUUCAUUUAAUGGUGGAUCAUAAACAAGUUUUCCGGCUAAAUCUUUGCUUCUUUCUUUUCCAUGCUGUAGAGUGAGUGAGUUUUAAGAUACUGGAUUCUUUCUUUAAUUGCUCCUGACCUUUCUUUCACUCAGAACAACGUAACCCGUGCAUGCUCUUCUGUGAAAGUCUCUCUUUCAUUGCUCAAAUGUUGUGGGGAUUUACCGUGGGUGCUGAUUUUGCCAGAUCAAGAUGGUUAUUCGACCUCCAGUUAGGCCACCUAGAAUCACAGAGUAUCUCAAGCCCUACGUGCUAAUGAUGCAUUUCAGCAACAAGUUUGUGACGGCUACAGUGAGGCACUCACCAACUGCAACAGUAGCAUCUUCAGCGAGCUCGCAAGAGAAGGCCCUUAGGUCGGCCAUGGAGAAUACUGGAGAUGUAGCAGCUGCUGGCAAGAUUGGGAAGCUACUUGGCGAGCGCCUACUACAGAAGGGCAUACCUGCUGUUUCUGUUUUGCUAAAGAGGGAACAGAAGUAUCAUGGAAAGGUCAAAGCUGUCGUUGAUUCUGUGCGGGGAGCUGGUGUCAAGCUUGUUUGAAUUGGCUACUGCUAUAGUUGUAUAUUACUCGAUGGAGUAGUUCCAAUAAAUUGUUUCUCCUAGCCCUUUUUCAGCUAGACAAGAUCAAUGUGGAAACUGCUUUAUGCAGCACUCAAUGGCAUUGCUUUGACUAAUAACAGGGAGUUUACAUA